CAUCUCAAAUGAAAGCAGUUCCGUAUUCUGUGCCGCUACAACCAUCCCUUUCAACAGCCCAAAUUCGCUCAAGCCUGUUUGUAAAAAAAAAUCAAUGCGCGGCAUCAACACGGACCCAUGAUGUGUGGAAGGUCUGUCUUAAAGACGUUUAAUUACCCAUGAUGUCAUGAAGGACGAGAGGCCAGGGGCCCUUCAGCAGAACGCUGCAGUUGAGCCAUAGAGUGUCUGAAUCUGCAUUCCACUUCAUCCUUACACCAUCUGUUUUCCCUCCAUCCUCACUUUGGGAACUUGACAAUGACAUCACAUAGGAAACACCUGGUGAGGGACUUCAACCAUUUCAUCACUUGUUUUGUCUGUAAAGGGUACCUGAUCAAGCCCACCACCGUGACAGAGUGCCUGCACACCUUUUGUAAAAGCUGUAUAGUCCAGCAUUUCGAGGACAGCAACGAUUGCCCAAAAUGUGGUAUCCAGGUUCAUGAAACAAAUCCCUUGGAGAUGUUAAGGUUGGACAACACUUUAGAGGAAGUGAUAUUCAAGCUUGUGCCUGGUCUCAGAGAAAAGGAACAGCAGCAAGAGGAUGAAUUCUGGAGAAGAAAGGAAUCAAUUGAUGAGAAUGGCCCUAUGUGUAAGAAACGGCGUGCUGAUGAAGAGGAUGAUGAUAAAGGUGAUGGAGAUUAUCACAGGAGUGAUCCACAAAUAGCCAUCUGUCUAGACUGCUUGCGUAACAAUGCGCAGAUGGGAGAGAACAUUGUUAAGGGCUUAAUGAAAAAAUUUAUUCGCUGCUCAACAAGAGUGACUGUUGGAACAAUCAAGAAGUUUCUGAGUCUGAAGUUAAAGCUUCCCAGUUCUUAUGAGCUAGACGUUCUAUGCAAUGGUGAAAUCAUGGGUAAAGACCACACCAUGGAGUUCAUCUACAUGACCCGCUGGAGGCUUCGGGGAGAAAAUGUCUACCCAAUGGUACUUGAAUAUCGACCGCGCAUUGACUUUGGCUAGGUUGAAAUAUCCUGCACAAGUUUCAGCCCAUCAACAGACAGCGAAUUGAAUGGACACGUCCUCUUCUGAAGAUAUACUCUACCUGUCUCUUCUGUUCAGUUUCAUUAACUCUCUUGAUUGGGGCCAUCUUUAUUGUGACCUACAACAUGACCAUGCCACAAGACUGUGUGAUUUUUCUCUCUUAUCUUGUGCUUUAUUUACCAAAGUGACGUCAUGUUAAGGACCUUCAGCGAUUUACAUAUGAUUGUAGCUUCCUUUGAAAAAUGUCACAGUGGAAAACGUUAUAGUGCCUUAAAUCAUCUUAUGAAGAGCUAAGCUUAUAAAUAUAUUUUAUAUUUUUAGGUCCCUUUAAGUGGUUUAAAAUCAGUUUUCUAAUAUUUAAAGAGUCUGAGAUGAUUGGAAAUCUCAAAGUCUUUUAAGGGUUUUAAGUUUAGUCUGUUUUUUAUUUGCCCAUUUAAAGGAACACUGCACUUUUUUAAUAAGCUCAUUUUACAGUACAUUACAGUUGAGUUUUACCAUUUUUAAUCCAUAAUUUUCCUAAUUAAAGCUUGACUCUAUAAGUCCAAUGGAAAAUGAAAAGCUUUUCUGGCCGAUGUGGUUAAGAACUAUUCUCCCAUUCAGGCAUAUGAAUCAAGAAACUUUGCUGCCAUUCCAUGGUGAAAAUGGUAAAGCUGCUCUGUAAAAAUAUCCUGGUUGCCUUAAAUUUUGAAGCUGAAUCAAAUUAACCUUAUGAUUCCAUUGAACUUGUAUUGUGUUAAACUGACUUAAAAUAGCUUGCGUAACUAAUAAAAUUAAGUUAGAACAUGAUUAACUAAGUUAAGUAAUAAGUUGCAAUGAAUUAAAAACAUAUGCUGUCAUGACUAACUGUUUUUGUAAAUUUUACAGUGUGGCAAACUGUUUAACUCUAGCGAAGUUGGUUUAUUUUCAAAAAAAGAAAAAAAAGUGGAGUGUUCCUUUAAGUGUUCUACACUGUAAAACAAAUUGCUGUAACAUUUACAGUAGUACUGGCAAUUUUUGUUGCCAGUAAUACUGUAAAAUUUACUGUAAAACAACAGCCCAGUUGUAAUUGUUAAUUCACAGUGCGCUCGUAAUUUUUGCCAGUAAUACUGUAAAAAUUGCCAAUAAUACUGUAAAAUUUACAAGUACACUGUAAAU